AUGCACCUUUCGCAGGAGCUGGAGCUUUUCCCGGACACCACGGUGACACAAAUGCUUUUUAAAGACGUUCAAAACGCAAAAGAGUUGAGACAAAAAGCGGUGGAAGGUCGAAUCAACGGUGCUCUAAUCAACCCGACAAUGGUUUUGAGUUCAUUCCAGGUGCUGGUGGCUGCCAAUAAAGCUGUUCAUUUACAGACAACUGGGAAAAUGAAGACAAGAACUUUAAACUCUGAAAUAAUCUUCAACUUGUCACCUACUAAUAAUAUUUCAGAGGCUUUUAAAAGAUUUGGGAUCUCAGACGGCGAUGACUCGGUUCUGGUGGUCCUGGUUCACAAGAAAGACGAGCCGCCGUCUCUGUCGGACAUCGCAGCCAUGGUGGAUGGACUGCAGCUCCCAGUGGACGAUGUCUCCUCUUUAUCAGACACAGCAAAGAUCAAAAAGCUGUACAAAGUUCCCCCUCAGGAGGAGAAAUGUGGGAGUCUGCUCGAUGCAGUUGUUUGCAGAAUGGCCUCCAAGGAUGUCAUGUAGCUGCAGCAGGAUAUCACAUCAGAACACCUUCCAUUUCUUUAUUUUUGUCAUGCAACAUGUUGCGUAUGGUUAUUUUUUAAUUCUAUGUCUUUAUUUGUACUUAUCAGAUACGGUUUUAAUCAUUGUUACAU